AGAUUCUUUGCGCCGAAAUACACUUCCUUGUUAUUUUUAACUUCCUAGUUACUUUGCCGCUUGGCUUGCUAUGCUUGUCAGUUGUGAUAUGUACAACAAAGCUGCUUGGACGAUGUUUGUGCUGUAAUGUUAGCUGCUGAGCUUGAUCAAUGGGUCACAUUCCACGGGAAAGAAGGAAACCGUGAAGAAGGCAUAAGUGCAACUCAGAUGAAAAUGAAAGACUGGUGACCCAAAUGGAGGACUUCAGGCAGAUGUACCUGCGUCUAUGUAAGGAGGGAGGUGUGGAGCCUCAGGAGGGUCUUGUGUCUAAGCUGAGAGAGAGCACUGCUCAGGGUUCCAGACUGGACUUGAGUGGGCAGAGUCUGUCUGCAGAUACCUGCUCUGUGCUGGCCAGGGCCUUCCAGAAAGAUCUCAUCUUCACAGAGGUGUCGCUCAGUGAUUGCAUGCUCAGCGAAGAAGGUGCCAAAGUACUCCUCACCGGACUGUUUGGCAACACAACCGUGAAAGUCCUGGAUCUGAAGGGGAAUAACCUGAGAUCAACGGGGGCAGAGGUCCUGGGAAAGUUGCUGGUGCACAAUAAGACCCUGCGUAGGUUGGUGUUGGAGUGGAAUGCAUUGGGGGUGUGGGGUGAAGCCUUCUCACUAUUUUGUGAUGGUUUGGCUUGCAACACCGUGCUGACACAGCUUGACCUACGCAACAAUCAGAUCAACCACCACGGAGCAUCGGAACUUGGUCUGGCACUCAAACACAACAACACCCUGGAAAUGCUAGAUCUGAGGUGGAACAUCAUUGGUCUUCUGGGUGGCAGGUCGCUGCUAAAAGCUUUGCAGAAAAACAAGAGCAUAGUGCAGUUGGAGUUGGCAGGGAACAACAUACCCAGUGACACACUUAAAGCACUUGAGCAGACCACAGGGCACAAUUCCGACAGACAGUCCACCCUAAGAGACAGCCGCAGCAGGACACAGGUUCUGAGCAAGGAGAUUCAGACACUGAAGGAGGGGAAGAGCCGCCAGUUCCUAAGCCUGAUGGAAACCAUAGACAGACAGCGGGAAGAGCUGGGACGCUCCAACAGAUCCGCUUCCGUUCAGAUUGGCCAACUCCAGGAAGCUCUGAAUGAGAGGAAGUCAGCGGUCAAUUCUCUCACUGCCAAACUGCAGAUGACAGAGGCAGCCCUCGCCCUCUCUGAGCAGAAAAAUCACAACAUGGGAGAACUGCUGACACGAGUAAAAAUGGAGAAAGAAGAGCAGAGGGAGCAACUGGGCAGAGAGAGGAAGAAAGAACAAGAGGACAGUGUACUCAGAGAGGACAAACUCCUCAGAGAGAUCCAUAACCUGACAGAAACCAACAUCCAACUCAGGAAUAAAGUGGAGGAGAUGGAGCGCAGGUGUAAGUCUCAGCAGCAGCAGAUCUUUGAGCUGAAACAGGAACUGACCAACACUACAGCCGAGUUCAAGCUGCGAUUAGCGAAGGCAGAAGACCGUCUGGAAAUAGAGAAGCGAAGGUCCAAGCAAGCCCUGGAGGACAUGGACAGUCUCCGACAGAAAGAGGUGGAGCAGGUGAAUCGACAUCUAGAAGAGAGUGAGAGAGCUCUGCAAGAACGCAUCUUCAAAUUGGAGGGACAGCGGAUACAAUUGGAAGAGGAGCUGAGCAAAGCUAAAGCAGCGUGUGUAACAGAGAGGGCCCACGCAGAGGUGGAACUGGGUAGAGUACGAGCUCAAGUGCGCCUGGAGGAGCAGGAGCAUGUAUCAUCCUUGGAGGAGAAGCUUCACUUGGUGCGUUCCUCCCUUCAGGAGGUGCAGCUCCACAGCUCCCAGCAGAAACAGACCAUCUGUGACCUGCAGGCCAGGAACAGCCAGCAGAGCAUUGAGAUGGACGGGCUGCGGCGCAGGAUAGAGGAGCUCCAGCAGGAGCUGUCGGGUAAGGACCAGGAGAAGUUGGCUGAGGUGAGCCGGGUCAGAGUGGAGCUGCAGGAGCAGAUUGGACAUUUACAGGCAGAAAGGACAGCGCAGGGAGGCCUUAAAGAGAAGAUCAGUGCGCUGGAGAGAGAGAUUAAAGUAGUGAGCAGUAACCACAGAGAGGCGCUCCUCGACAAGGAGAGUGAGAUGUCUCAUAUGCUGGAGAAGCUGCGGCUGAAGGAGGCUGAGAUCCAGAGGAUGAGGGAGGACGAGGCCAACAGAGCCAGCUACCUGCAGAGUGCCAUUCUCACCUACGUUCAGGGCUCCCCUCUGGGACAAUACAGCAGCCCCAGAAAAUGACCUAGAGACCACAGCACCUCAGCAGUAACCUCUGAGCUCUGACUGGGAUCCUGCACAGGCCAGGACAGUCUGCAAAAAAUAAUAACUAUGAUGAAAACAGGAAACAUAGUAGGAUAACUGAAUAAUUGGUGCUGGGCAAUAUGACUAUAAGGGCUACAAAAUGGAUGGAUCCAGCCAAGAAAUGGAAGGUUUACGACUGCAGAUUUUUUAAAAUUAUUCAAAUAUCCCAUUUGCUCCCAGUUCUUGCACUUCAGUCAGUACUUUAGUUGUAGUUUGAACUGCUGUUGCUACAUUGCCUUCAUGCUAGUUUUACUUGUUUAGUCCCAACACAUAUGCUUAGUUUACAAAGAAGCACUGAUAUUAACAAGUAAUCAUUUUUCUUCAUUUCAAAUUAUUUUGCCCCAGUAAGGACAGCAGCCAAAUUGAAAACCUAAAGGAAAUGUAUGUUUUAUUACAAGCUUGAGUCUCAUUUUCUUUGUUUUAUCCAUCAUUUCUUUCUGUCUGUCUGUUAUAACCUCUCUAGUCACUAAAGUAGUAGCUGAGAUCUGAUAGGUCAAGAAACAGAAGCAGCCAGACAAUCAUAAGAGCAUAUCCAGAUUAGCUAAACUACUUUACUUGAAGAUUUUUUUUAAAGUGUAAUUGAGCAAAUCUAAAAUUACAGUAACAAUCCCUCAUUGUUCAAGUUCGAGCACUAUGUGAUUCUGUAAACCAUGUUUACAACAGACAGUGUGGGUACUGAU